GUCGAGCGCGAGCCUGCGGCUUCCGGCUGAGGCGCGGGACCGGAAGGGAGCUAUGAGUUGGAUUCCGUUCAAGAUCGGGCAGCCUAAGAAACAGAUUGUACCCAAGACAGUUGAGAGAGAUUUUGAACGGGAAUAUGGAAAGCUUCAACAGUUGGAAGAUCAAACUAAGAAGCUACAAAAAGAUAUGAAGAAAAGCACAGAUGCAGACCUAGCCAUGUCAAAGUCUGCUGUAAAAAUCUCGUCUGAUCUCUUGGCCAAUCCUCUCUGUGAACAAGACCCUAAAUUCCUUGAAAUGGUGAUGGCUCUGGACACCGCAAUGAAAAGAAUGGAUUCUUUUAACCAAGAGAAGGUGAAUCAAAUCCAAAAAACAGUCAUUGAACCUCUGAAAAAAUUCAGCGGUGUCUUCCCCAGUCUCAAUAUGGCAGUAAAACGUCGCGAACAAGUUCUGCAAGAUUACAAACGGCUCCAAUCCAAGGUGGAGAAGUAUGAAGAAAAGGAGAAAACGGGACCCAUCGUGACCAAGUUGCACCAGGCCCGAGAAGAACUGAGGCCAGUGAAAGAUGACUUUGAGGCCAAGAACAAGCAGCUUCUGGAAGAGAUGCCCAAGUUUUACAGCAGCCGCAUCGAUUAUUUCAAGCCAAGUUUUGAAUCUUUGAUCCGAGCGCAGGUUGUAUAUUACACUGAAAUGUACAAAAUAUUUGGCGACUUGACGGAACAGAUUGACGAGCCCGACGUAACGGAUGAGCAGAGAGAGAAAGAGAGCGAAACCAAGCUGAAUGAGCUGAGGGCCCUCUCCAUUGUGGCCGAUGACUGACCCUCCACCUUAAAAGUCCUUUGUUGGUGUGACGGCUGCCGAUGAAGUGGAUAAAGACUGGAAGUUGAAUAUUACUUCUGAUUUCUGAAGGCUCAAACCCUUUAAACCCUUGUUGGUGCCUGCUUUAAGCUGGAGUAUUCUUGUUUUUGCCACAGCUCUUUAAAUCCUGAACAUCUUUAUCUGUAUUAAUGUCAACCUGGCAAGAUUCUCAGACCGAGUCCUGCGUUAGAGAGGUUGGUGAAGUUUGAAAAAAACGGAAGAAUUUACCCUUAAACGGAUAAAUGAACCCGCUUUUUAAUUCAGUCUUUCCAAAGUCGGGGUCCAUCUGACAGCUGAAUUGUGAGGGGGUAUCCCCAAUGAGUGUAGUUAACAAAGAAGAUGUUAUUGCCGAUAACCUAAUUGGCUAAAAAAAAAU